AUGUCCUUUGCCACCCCACAGCCGCCAUCGGCGUCGUCCGAUUCGGGCUCAUCAGCAUCGCUCACACCCACCGCCAAUGGCUAUAGUGGUAGCAUGAGCUUUGCAGAUCCAUCUUCGUCAUCAGCAUCCACUUCAGCACCAGCAUCCGGCUCCCUCUUCAGUUCAGAAGAGUCCAAGUUCAUCACCGAGUCGCUCUCCUCCGCUGAAUCCUUCGACCCGUUCACCAUCGGUGCACCCGGCUUCAAGGUUCCCUCGCUGCUGCCGCCGAACAUUGCAUCCACACAUGACCACCUCGCAGGUCCAUCCACCUCGUCAGCUGGCAUGAUGUCUGAUCCAACCGCAAGUCCCGACAUGCGUCCUCGCACCCUCUCCGGUCAGCAACCACUCCACCUCGCCUACUCCACUGCCUCCUCCCAGUCAGACGCAUACAGCAACCAAACAGCAGCACAAAGACUCAACAGCUUCAACCUCUACGGACGUCAACCCUCUGGCGCUACUCCACCCACAUCCGGCCCUAGCAAUCCAUCCUACCUCAGCCAUCUUCAAGAAAACUCUGCCUUUGCGCAUCCAGCGGGUCGACACGCUUCGUUUUCCGGUCCUGCACCUGGACCGAUGUCCCCAGCAGCUGCGGCAGGUUAUGGUAAGAACAAAGCAUGGCAAAUGGAACAGCUUUCUUUCUUGGAAGCACAGGCGAGUAGAGGUCAGCAGCAACAACAGUUUCCGCAAGGGGUGGGGAUGGGUGGUGAUCCGAAUCGAAGAUCUAGUACCUCGAUGAUCGGGUAUAAUGGACCGUAUGAUAAUAUUUUGAUUCAGACUCCGGCGCGUCUUCAGCAGCAGCAACAGCAACAGAUGCAUCAGCAGCAACAACAGCAUCAAAGACCACCGUUCUAUCCUGGUGUGACCGACGAGCAACAUGCUGGUCUGGCGAUGUUGGGUGCUCAGUUCCCUAGCAGUCACAAUUUUGGGUCGAUGCAACAACAAGGUUCGCUGCACGGGUAUCAACAGCAGCAAGGAGGAGGAUUCUCAGCGCAAGCUCUUGCCAUGUUGAAUGGAGAUGCGGGGUUAGGCGUCGCCUAUUCCUUCGUCGGAGGAGAUGAUGGGCAAGGAGGAAACUCAACACCAAAAGGCACAUCGCGGACACCAACAGGUAACACAGAUCCGAAAGCUUCUCGCCGUGCCUCCGCCGCUUGGCCCACCACCACCACUGCCUCAGCCUCACCCUCAGCAACCGCCCUCAAACGCACCUCUACAGGAGCACCCAAAACCGCUCCCACCCAGUCCUCAUCCCUCCACACCGGCCCCUCCGGCGCCGUCAUCCGCGCAUUAGCAGACCUAGCAAGCCUCGACCUCGACCUUGCUACAGCACUACACCGACUCCCAGCCAACCUGCAUCCAUACUUCACUCCUACGCGGAUGGAAAAGCGUACGCAACCGCAUCUGGAGAUGUUGCGGCAGCAGCAUAUCGAAGAUGGCCUAAUCGAUGCGAGGACUGGGUUGGAGAUCAAGCCUGAACUCACAGAGGAAGAUCUCAAACGGGAGGCGGAGGAGGCGGAAAAAGAAAAGAAAGGGCAGCAUACUUUGUUGACUACAGAGGAGAAGAAAGCGAAUCAUAUCGCAUCGGAGCAAAAGAGAAGGGCUAAUAUUAGGAAAGGGUAUGAGAUGUUGUGCGAUAUUGUCCCUUCUCUUCGGGAGGCGUUAGAAAGGGAGGCUAGUAGUAAGGGUAAACGGGAUGGCAGCAUCGAUGAAUCCGGCUCUGGUGCAGAAUCAGGUGAUGAACAGGGAAAGAAAUCAAAAUCGCCCUCCAAGAAGAAAAAAUCCACAUCCGGGUCCAGUAAGAAAGACGAAUCUGGUGGUGGUGGGGGAAUUGAAAUCGAUGGAGAAAAGAUCGACGGUCGUGCAGGCCCCCGCUCGGAAGCAGUGGUGCUGAUGAAGAGUUUAGAUCACACAAGUGCGUUGGUCGAGCAAUACAAGGGUUUGUUGGGGAGAAGGAAUAGAGCGAGGAUAGCGAUUGCAAGGAAGAUGGGUUGGGAUGGAUUGGCGAUGCAACCUGUGCCGGAUAUUGAUCGGUUAUUGGCGAUAAAGGUUCAGGAGUGGUGGGCGAGUCAUGGCGAUGAGGAUCGGGAGGAGGAUGAGGAGGAGGAGGAUAGGUUUGGUGCCGCCGGUGGUGGUGGUGGUAAUGACGACGAUGAGGGUGGUGAGGAAGAAGAGGAGGUGGCGGUGGAGGAGAGUAAGAAGAAGUCCCCUGCAAAAGGAGGAGCGGGGAAGAAGGGUGGUGGACAGGGGAGGAAAAAGAAGUCUAUCAAAUCGGAGUCGAUGGAAGAUUGA